CGAAACGGAGUGAAAAGAGCGUGUACCGUCUCUCUCACCUUAACCUGACACGUUCACAGAAAAUGUAAUUUGCAUUGAGUAGUUCUCUGGGUCAAAGCUGCGUAUGGGAUAUAUCAGAGAGAAUUAAGGAGAAUAAAUCUUGUUUUGCACAUUAAUGAAAUUGCAUUGGUGUACACCAUCAUUGAAAAAUAGAUGUAAAGGCAUUUCCGGUCUCGGGACGAUCCCUCUUCCGCCCUGAUGCCCUUGUAGCUAUGGAAACUCGUCAAUGGCAACGUCCACCAGCCUGUUCACCCCUUCCGACCAGGGGUAUUAAGUGUGAUAUAGCUAGCUAGCUUUAAGUGUGCCAGAAUUACCGAUAAAUCAGAGGUUUCAAGAUGGCGUUACAACGACUGACGGCUUUUUUCAUCCUUUACCUGAUUUUCGGCUACAUUCCAUCACUUGGGGUAAUCCUCCGAACCACAGAAAAGACUGUGUGGGCAAAUGAAUUUGAACCUAUUGAGUUGACCUGCUUGAUAGAGUCCAUCUCAACAAACAACCCCAGAAUCGAAUGGAAGAAAAUCCAAAACGGCGUCCCUAGUUAUGUGUACUUUCAAAAUCAAAUUUCGGGGGACUUGGAGCACAGAGCCCAGCUGAUCCAGCCGGCCAACCUACUGAUCCUGAACACCAGCCGUGCAGACACUGCAGAGUAUCGCUGUGAGGUCGCUGCCAUUGAUGACCACAAACACUUUGAUGAAAUUCUAAUCAGUCUUGCUGUCAGGGUAAAGCCUGUGGUGCCCAGGUGCAGUGUGCCUGUGGCGGUGACUGUUGGCACGUCCUCUGAGCUGCACUGCCUGGAGAACGAGGGCUUCCCUGCCUCACAGUACCGCUGGUUCCACAACAACGAGGAGCUUCCCCAGGACCCAAAGAGCAGCCCCAAGUUUAUCAACUCUACCUACUCCAUUAACGCUGACACGGGUGGUCUGAAAUUCCGCCGGAUGAGGAAGGAGGAUGCGGGGGAGUAUUACUGCCAGGCAAAGAAUGAAGCUGGACAUGCACAGUGUCCCACGCAGCUGAUGGAAGUCUAUGAUAUCGACAUUGUGGGGAUUUUUCUGAAGGUGUUGGCGGCAUUGGCUGGAUUCAUUAUUGUGAUGGUGGGGGUUUGUCAUGCACACAAACAUGGCUGCUUCUCCUCCGGCAAGGAUCACACAGGAACCAACUACAAACUUCCAGCGCAGGAUGAUGGUGUUGACUAUGCUGAAGCAGAUGAGGGUCACUUCCGCCACAAAUCAUCAUUUAUCAUUUGACAUCUGAAGAGGAGACACACUGAAGUCAAAGGCGUAUCAAAUCCCAUAAUGGGGCUUUGUGUGAGAAAUUUGAGCUGUAACAUUACACAUGAACCUACAAGCUUGCCAAAGUUAUCAUCAGGAAAAAUAUCAAUCAUUAUUUCAAUUUUGCUUUCUGAUAGGCAAUUGCAAAAUCAUGCCCCAUGUUAGUACACUGUUUACUUUUUUUUUUGUAGCACAAAUGUCUUGUCCUCAAGUCUUUACUGUAACUACAACUACAGUACGAUUUAAAGCUUUGACUUUUGAACUUCCACCAACAUGUUCAUCUUAACUGAUAAUAAUAACUGAUGCUGGAACAUUCACCCAUACUGUUUUUAGACAAUGUUUUGUACAUCCUAAAAUGUCUACAAAGUACAACAAACCUGUUUUAAAAAAACAGUCUUGCAUAACCUCUGAAUGCAAGCUAGACUAGUUUAUGUUAAUAUGAAGGUAGGUUGUGUCAAUAUUUAUAUAUACAUACAGACAGACAGACAAUGAGUGGGGCAUGUAUAAAAAGCUGAUAAUCUGUUACAUGCAGAGUCAAGGGGCACAAUGAAACUGUCUAUUGUGCUUAAAAAAGCCAACUAACUUUAUUCUCUGCGUUCAGAAUAACUAAGAAACAUAUUAAAGUUAUACAGUAUAAUGCUGCAAGUUCAAAUGUAUUAUUAUGAUUAGAUCAAGUAAUUAUGAUUUUUUCAGAGUGCCGCGUCUGUGUAUAAGUGACCUUCUGUGCUUACUAAUUACUUAUUUUAUGAAUAUUGGACAUAUUGUCCAGUUUUGACUCAGAAUUAACUGUAUUUUCUUUAUGAACACAAUAUACAAUAUUAAUGGAUGUACAGGCAAUAAAACUUUGUUAGAAACAAAUGUCUACACAUACAUUUUUAUCAGUAACAAUACAUAAGUAUUAAACAUGUUUCAAAUUGAAAUUGUUAAAUGACUUUUUGAAACAUUGAUAUGGUUAUUUUUUAAUUUAUAUACUUUGUAAAAUAACACUACUCAGGAACUGUUGUAAAAUGUGAAUUGUUGAUUCGUUGUAGUGCAAGUAAUGGAUUCUGUUAUGCUUACUUCAUUUUGUCAAUAAAUACAUAAAUAACA